UAGAAAAUUCUUUAAGUCGACAAUUAAUGGAAAAAAUUGUAUCACUUUCUUCAGUUUUGAAAGAACUGAAAUUGAUUAUGAGUGAACCGAUCUAUAUAACUUUACAUUUAAUGCAAAAUGUAAAUAUUACUACAGAUGAAUCCAUUCAAGACCUUGUUAAAAAACUAGCUGAUGGAUCUUUGAUUAUAUACGACUUGCAUAGAUUUAGGUUAUAUGUGCCAGAACAACCAUUAAGAAUUAUCCAGCCUCGUAAUUUAGAAAUCAAUGAAACGGGGAAAAAUAUUGCCUUGUUCUUCGCCAUAUUUGUCUCUUUUCUCGCCUGUUUUGUAUUUGGUUCAAUAUUAUUCAAACGGCAUCAACUUCUUGCAGACACUUCAGAUGUUCAAGUAAACAAAAUUUAAAAAAAAAAGAUCCUAUAAGACGACCAAAAUAUAAGAAAUUGGAGUCAACUGAAUUGAUUGAACAAAAUACAUCUUCAGAACAAAGAUUUCUUCAUUUUAAUAACAAUGUAGAACUUUCAGACUCUGGUAUCACUCUACAUUCUGAUAGAACACAAAUCAAUUUACUGCAGCAACUUCAUUAGAUUAUAAUAUGUAUACAAAUAGUACCUAAAUAAAUAUAAUUAUAGGUAUUAAUAUUGGCAUUUGAUGCCUUGGGUGACAUUUUUACAUAUCAGCUAUACAUAUAUAAUAUAUCUAGUAGUUUCGUGAACAUGUUUAA